AUGAUUGUGUGGGUUCAGCUUCCGGCUCUGAAGAUACAUUUUUACCAUAAGGAAGUGCUGACCACGCUGGGAAACCUUAUAGGGAGAAUGAUCAAGCUAGAUUUUCACACCCUUAACCGCCAACGAGCUAAAUUUGCUCGGAUGGCGGUGGAGGUCGAUCUCUCCAAACAUCUUGUUCCAAGAAUUUGUCUUGAUGAUGCCUGGCAGAAAGUGGAAUAUGAAAAUCUUCCGGCGGUUUGUUUCGACUGUGGAAAGAUUGGGCAUACUGAGACAGGCUGCCCUCAUAGACAGAUUGCAAGUCCGACGACCACUCUGGCGAUCGCCGGCGAGGCAGCGGUGGCCGAACAGUCUGAUCAAGCGGUGGAUGAACCGAAUCCGGGAUUCGGUCCUUGGAUGCUGGUGACCCGCAAAAGUCGACGGAAUCAGCGGGAUGCGGACAGAAAAGGAAACAUUGGUAUUUUGGGGAAAUCUGCCCCAGCUGGGAAGGGAACAGCCACCGCCAACAAGGAAAGUGGGAGUCAGCAGCCAUCGACAGCUUUACCCUCCAGCUCCCGGCCGCAACGGUCUCUUAGCCAGGAAAGGAAAACCCACGGGAAGAAUAAAUUAGACGACGGAAGAAAAGGAAAGGCUAAGAUUUCUAAUGCAGUUACCAUUGGAGGAAAGGGUCUCUUGGGCUCUGGGCCGACUCCCCAUCAGCCCAUGCAAGGCCCAUCGAACUCUGCUGCUGCCCAAGACCCGACCCCAACUUCGACCCAUUCCCAGCAACCCCCCUCACGAAUUAUCAACGACCCAUCUACGUCCUCCAGCCCGGCCCACCAUUCGAGCUCUACUUCACAAUCGCUCAACCUUCCUCCUCCGCCAGCCUUCCAGACUGUGAUAGGGCCCAACGGGACGGUGAUGCAAAUAGCUCACCCUCAAUCAGAUGAUGCUCCUCGGAAUCGCAACGACCGUCAAGCUUCACCGACGACCUCCGCCCGGACGAAAAGAAGUAAAGGCAAGAAGACCACUAGCAGGAAACUACCGAACAAGCCGAGCCCAGUCAAAGCCCUCCAAAUUUGGUCUCCUAAGAAAGAUCGAAAACCCAAGUCAAAGGCUAGAUUGGCGGUCCUCACCUUGCAAGAAAUCAACGCUUGGACGAGCGCCGCUCAAGCUCCGAAAGAGAGCAGUGAUGAAGCACCAAAAAUCAGCCCUGUGGAGGAGUCUACCUCGGUGAAAUCGCUGCCGGGUGGCCCGAACAAUCACACGCCAUGA